GCGCUGCACCGCCGGGUGGCGGCGCUGGAGCAGGAGCGCGAGUUGCUGCGCCACGCGGGGACGCCGGGCGCCCUGGCAGCCUGGGCCGAGCCGCACCUGGAGCGCCUGCUGCGGGAGAAGUUGGAAGGAGUCACCAAGCUCCGGACUGUUCGAGAAGCCCCAUCCGAGUGUGUCUGCCCCCCAGGUCCCCCAGGAAGGCGAGGCAAACCUGGACGAAGAGGCGACCCUGGUCCUCCAGGCCAAUCAGGACGAGAUGGCUACCCGGGACCGCUGGGUCUGGACGGCAAGCCCGGACUUCCAGGCCCCAAAGGGGAAAAGGGUGCACCAGGAGACUUUGGCCCGCGGGGAGACCAAGGUCAAGAUGGAGCUGCAGGACCUCCAGGGCCCCCUGGACCACCUGGGGCCCGGGGCCCUCCUGGUGACACUGGAAAAGAUGGUCCCAAGGGAGCUCAAGGCCCAGUGGGUCCUAAAGGAGAGCCUGGACAAGAUGGUGAGGUGGGCCCCAAGGGACCCGCAGGACCCAAGGGAGAGCCUGGGACUCCUGGGAAGAAGGGGGAUGAUGGAAUGCCCAGCCAGCCAGGACUUCCUGGACCCCCAGGGCCCAAGGGUGAGCCAGGGGAUGUGGGGCCCCAAGGACAGCCUGGCAUGGAUGGCGCCCUAGGACCAAAGGGAGAGCCUGGCCACCCAGGCACGGAUGGAGCCGCAGGGCCCCGGGGUCUCCCCGGCCUCAAAGGAGAACAAGGAGACACGGUGGUGAUCGACUAUGAUGGCAGGAUCUUGGAUGCCCUGAAGGGUCCUCCCGGGCCACAGGGAGCCCCAGGACCACCAGGGAUCCCUGGAGCCAAGGGUGAACUUGGAUUGCCCGGUGCCCCAGGAAUCGAUGGAGAAAAGGGUCCCAAAGGACCAAAAGGAGACCCAGGAGAGGCUGGGCCAGUUGGGCCCAAAGGGGAAGCAGGCAAGAUGGGCCUAUCAGGCCUCCCGGGUGCUGAUGGUCCCAAGGGAGAGAAGGGAGAGAAGGGAGAGUCGGCAUCUGAUCACCUACAGGAAAGCCUGGCCCAGAUCAUAGUGGAGCCAGGGCCUCCUGGUCCUCCUGGCCCCCCGGGCCCCAUGGGUGUUCAGGGGAUCCAAGGCCCCAAGGGCCUGGAUGGAGCAAAGGGAGAGAAGGGUGCUUCGGGUGAGAGAGGCCCUCCUGGCCUGCCUGGGCCAGUUGGUCCACCGGGCCUUAUUGGCCUGCCAGGAACCAAGGGAGAGAAGGGCAGACCAGGGGAGCCAGGACUUGAUGGUUUCCCUGGACCAAGGGGAGAGAAAGGCGACCGGAGCGAACGUGGAGAGAAAGGGGAGCGAGGGAUUCCUGGUCGGAAAGGAGUGAAGGGCCAGAAGGGAGAACCAGGGCCGCCAGGCCUUGACCAGCCAUGUCCUGUGGGCCCAGAUGGGCUGCCUGUGCCUGGCUGCUGGCAUAAGUGAUCCCCAGACAUGGCUCCCAAUCUGUACAGACCCGUGUGGACGUUUUUAAUUUUUGUAAAAACAAAACAGUAAUAUAUUGAUCUUCUUUUAUGGGAUGCGCCAACUAUGGCCUUGUAACAUUUGAGAGCAUGCCAGCCAGCCCCAGGACAAUCCAUACAGGAAGCCGGCAGAAAAGCAGACAGGCUGAGGAAGUUUGUGUUUGAAGGGGCCCUACAGGGCAUACCUUCCCCAGGGAAGGAAACGAAGGUGGAAACAGCCAAACUGGAUGAGGCUGGACAGACUCCAGGUUGGGCCUUCAAUCACCUGAUUAGCAGAGAUGCGCAGCUGUCCCCUGAAGCACUACUGCCCCAGUUUCACAUCUUACCCAUAAGACCCCGAUGGACAGCAGCUGCAUCUGCCAUGACUUCUAGCCUCUGGACUCGGCCAGUCUGCUGCACCAGGACCCUGAGUCUACCAGGGCAGGACAAGGUUCCCUAGAACCCAUCACUCAGGGAGGAGGCAAUGGAAAGCUCCACCCAAGCUCAGUAGACCACGCCGGCAAUAGACCGAAGCUAGCCUGUCAGAAGAACAUGACUCUGGCCUUGAGAAGUGGAAGGGCUGUGAAUGUCACAGUGUGGAGCCAGCUAUAGCCAGCCCAGUGUCCUCUGACUGAGGGGGUAAAGAGGCUCUCGUGCACUGGCUGCUACUUCCUGUCUCCUUACCACCUUGCCUAGAACAGGGACAGAAAGGGGCUUUACCCACCUAAGGAGAUAGGUCUCACUAACCCCAGGUCUCCCGCUCGGAAUUCUGGUCAGCUUGGCAGAAAUGGGCUUUCUGGUGAGUGCUACAGAGGCCAUGAACCCCAAGGCUGGUCCACAGCAGGUCUCAGCCGAGCACCUGCAACAGAGCCCCCUCCCCUCUGAGGAGAGGCUUUGCCACCUCUGACAAAGGUUCCCAGCUACCAGCUCUAUCCCUGUGUCUUGCCUCUCCUCUCUAUGUAAUGGCAUCGCUGUGUGUAAUAAAUCACAAAUGUGUGUCUGGGUGUGCCUGUCUUUGCAGACAGCCCUGGGCACCUCUGACUGAGUUUUAUACUGACAGUUUCUGGCUGGAGAGGGAAAGGGACUCCCUCUGAGAAAGGGAAAAACCAGAGUUCCAGAAACCAGAGUUCAAGAUCAGGAGGUAGACAGACACAGGCUCAAGACCCAUCCCACACUUGCCAGCCGAGUCCUGAAACCAGUCACUUCAUGUCACUAAACCCCUGUGUGUCCUUCCAUUGUGCUUAGCAAGGACUGUUGCAUAACAGCACCCCAAAACUUGUUUCCUUAAAAUGUUGAUUCUCAGCCGGGCGUGGUGGCGCACACCUUUAAUCCCAACACUCAGGAGGCAGACUCAGGCGGAUCUCUGUGAGUUCAAGGCCAGCCUGGUCUACAUAGUGAGUUCCAGGAC